GAGAGAUUAACGGAAGAAACUAAAAUCAAAAAGAAAAAGAGAAGAAAUCAAAAUCAAAGAAUUAUUGGAGCAUUCAUCCGAGGAAGACAAUGGGCGCAGAGGCAGUUGCUGCUACAGGAGGAGUAGAGGCACAGAAGAAGAACAGAAUUCAAGUGUCCAACACUAAAAAACCUCUCUUUUUCUAUGUUAAUCUUGCCAAAAGAUACAUUCAGCAGCAUAAUGAGGUUGAGCUUUCUGCCUUGGGCAUGGCAAUCACUACUGUUGUUACUAUUGCUGAGAUCUUAAAGAAUAAUGGACUGGCUAUUGAGAAGAAAGUUUCAACAUCCACGGUCAACAUGAAAGACGAGAACAAAGGGCGUGCCAUCCUAAAAGCCAAGAUCGAAAUCGUGUUGGCGAAGUCCGACAAGUUCGACAUGCUGAUGAAUGCUUCCAAUGCGGCACCGGAGACCGAUACCAAAAGCAAGGAAUGACAAUUUAGUGAAGCAAAAUGUUUGAUGUUCAUUGUUGUAGUUCAAUGUUCAAUGUUCAAACUUGUGGAUUAGUUAAAUGCUUAAGAGAGUAGAGAGUGACAACUUCUAUAGAAUGAUAUAACAAUGAGCAGUUUCCAGUUGUAUGCUUAUCUCUAUUCUCUGUAUGGAGGGA